CAAAAAUACAAAAUCAUACAACGAAAGCACUAAGCUUCUAGCAACCACCCCUUCAUCUCAGGUUCACAGACGAACAACUGAAAGCUCACACCAAUGGCGUCCAUGAUGUCAUCAUCAUCGCCAAAUUUCUAUAACCAUAUGAAUAACAACAACUCUCUUAUUCUAAACACUAAAGUAAGUAGAAUUAAUUGCUUCAUCUCAUCUUCCAACAACAACAACUCCGACGAGAAGCAACACCAAGUAUCUCGAAGGGAAAUUAUUUUGAGGAGCAGCGAAUUAGCACUUCUCGGGGCCAUUUUUCAUUUCAGUGGAAGUAAACCUAAUUACCUUGGUGUACAGAAGAAUCCGCCUGCUUUAGCUUUAUGUCCUGCGACAAACAAAUGUAUUUCGACUUCUGAGAAUAUUAGUGAUAUUGUACACUAUGCACCACCUUGGAACUAUAAUCCAAAAGAAGGACGGGGAAGUAAGAAACCUGUGAGCAAAGAGGUGGCAAUGGAGGAGCUUCUUGAAGUGAUAAAAACAACAAAACCGGACAACUUCACUCCGAGAGUGGUAGAAAAGAAAGAUGAUUAUAUACGCGUGGAAUAUGAAAGUCCGAUUUUGGGGUUUGUGGAUGAUGUCGAAUUCUGGUUCCCUCCUGGGAAGAAACCACUUGUACAAUACAGAUCAGCAUCACGCAUCGGCUUUGGUUUCGAUGCCAACAGAAAGAGAGUAAAGGCAUUGCGGCUAGCACUAGAGAAAAAAGGAUGGGCUUCUGAAGACGACUUUUGACGAGGUCUAGAGUGUUGACUUUUUGUUUGUUGGAGCUUCAUGAAGGUGUAUAACCACAAAAGAUCCAGUACACAGAGGUCAGUCAACAAAUGCAAGUCAUGUAACGGUAACAAUAUUGUCGUUUCUGAAUUUUAUAGUUUCAACAAAACUUGAAUAUAAAGAGGUCAAUUUUUUUAUUGUAUACCAAGAGAUUUCACAUUCAAAUUAAAUCAACAGAAUUCGGGGACAAA